GGAACCGACUUCGAAACAUUUGGACCAUGACACAAAGCUUCUUCCAUACACUUCGGGCUUUGGCGGUAAGGUUGUGCGCUCAGUCCAUUUUUCCGGAGUUUUUAAAAAUAAAAUAAAAAACCAAAAUCCCCGCCCCUUCCACUCCCGAAGAACUCCGCUUUCCUAAAAACCCUCUAAACUUCCGAAAUCAUUACAUUUUCUGGUCUGCUAUCGAAUUUGUCUCCCAAUUUCCACGAUAAUGGAGUUGGAUCCUGAUGAAAUCUUCGGUGAUGAUGAAGAUGAUUCCCAGCCUAACCUUCAGGAGAGAGAAUCGAGCAAGGAGUAUGUGGUGUACAUUGUUGAUGCUUCCCCUAAAAUGUUCAGCACUACUUGCCCUGGGGAGGAUCAAAAUGAUCAGACUCAUUUUCAAAUGGCUAUUAGUUGUAUCUCCGAGUCAUUGAAGAAUCGUAUUAUUAAUAGUUCGUACGACGAAGUUGCAAUAUGCUUUUUCAACACUCGAGAAAAGAAGAAUUUGCAGGAUAUAAAUGGCGUUUUUGAAUUUAGUGCUGGCGAAGAUGGUCUUGGCAGGCCAACAGCCAGGCUAAUAAAAGAAUUUGAUCAAAUUGAGGAAUCAUUCGUGAAAAAGAUUGGAAGCCAGUAUGGCAUUGUGCCUGGAUCACGGGAGAAUUCUCUCUACAAUGCCCUUUGGGUUGCUCAAGCACUUCUUCGCAAAGGAUCUGCAAAGACAGCUGACAAGCGUAUGCUUCUGUUCACAAAUGAGGAUGAUCCAUUUGGGACUUUGAAGGGAGUAACAAAGUUAGACAUGACUAGGACUACUUUGCAAAGAGCUAAAGAUGCACAAGAUCUUGGUAUCUCGAUCGAACUUCUUCCUCUGAGUAAUCCUGAUAGGCACUUCAGCAUGUCCCAUUUCUACGCUGACAUGCUUGGAUUGGAGGGUGAUGCUCUAGCUGAUUUCAUUCCCUCGUCCAUUGAGAGAUUGCAAGACAUGAAGGACCAACUAAGAAAGCGUAUGUUCAAGAAACGCAGAUACAGAACAUAUUCGUUGUCUAUUGCGAAUGGUGUAUCCAUACAACUGAGUGCAUAUGCUCUACUUCGUCCUACUGUUCCAGGAAGUAUUACUUGGCUGGAUUCUACAAGCAAUCUUCCUCUCAAGACAGAAAGGUCCUUAAUAUGUGCAGAUACCGGUGCACUUAUUCAAGAAGCUCCCAAGCAGUUUCUACCUUAUAGGAAUCAGGAAAUAAAGUUUUCUAGGGAGGAGAUAUCACAGAUAAAAAGAGUCUCUACAACACAACUUUGUCUUCUUGGAUUCAAGCCAUUGAGUUGCUUGAAGGAUUAUCAUAAUCUGAAGCCUUCAACAUUUUUAUUUCCAACUGACGAGGAAAUGAUUGGCAGCACUAAGAUCUUCAUCGCUUUGCAUAGAUCUAUGUUGCGGCUUAGACGCUUUGCAGUUGCAUAUUUUGGGAGUUCAACACAUCCUCAGUUGGUUGCACUCAUUGCUCAAGAUGAGAUAAUUAGUACCCGUGGUCAGAUUGAGCCUCCUGGAAUGCAUAUGAUUUACCUACCAUAUUGUGAUGAUAUAAGAAACACCGAAGAGCUUCACAUGGAUGUAACUUUCACAACCCCUCGUGCAUCAAAUGAAGAAAUUCAGAAGGCUGUUGCCCUUAUGAAACGUGUAGAUUUGAGAGAUUUUUCAGUAUGCCAGUUUUCUAAUCCUGCGUUGCAGAAGCACUAUGCAGUACUACAGGCCUUGGCUCUGGAAGAGGAUGAAAUACCAGAAAUCAAGGACGAAACUCUUCCUGAUGAAGAGGGCAUGGCCAGGCCUGGUAUCGUGAAUGCAGUUGAAGAAUUCAAGUUGGCUGUCUACGGGGAAAAGUACGAAGAAGGAGAGAGUAACAAUAUUAGUGAAGCUUCCAGAAAACGCAAAGCUAUCGCUGGAAAGGCAGCCCAAGAGUCUGCUAACUAUGACUGGGAAGAUCUUGCUGAAAAUGGAAAGUUGAAAGAUUUGACAGUAUCAGAGCUAAAAUUUUACCUGGCAGCACACAGACUUCCAGUUACAGGAAAAAAGGAAGCACUUAUUAGUAGGAUUUUGACCCACAUGAAAAAAUGAAUCUGGAAAUCACAGUUGGGGAGAUAUUAGCUAGGAUUUUUAAUUCUCAUUUGGUGGUGUAAAUGGAGGGCAAAUUUUCACAACACUAGCGUCACUGCUUCUAGGCUCUUACCAUGCUUCUAGAGGUAUAAUGCUGUACGCCAUAAUCUCCGACUGUAACUUUUGAACAUUUUGGUAAUCUUGAAAGAUCGCUUGCUGAACAUGUCGGUGAUUUGAUAUUAUACUGGAUAAACAACAAUGCUUAUUAGUAUGCUAGAGGUUCACAAUUGUUUUCAGUUGUU